CAUUAGUGCUUCGCUCAUCUCUAUGCUACACUGGCUUCUCUGUAUCUAUGCUGUGUUUUCCUCGCACGUUCUUUACUGUUUACCUGCUUUUUACGUCACGUAUUUUAUGUCUGUUUCGUUAUGAGUUUGGUCUCCGUGCCGUGCGCAGCUAACCAGCUGACAGUGAGCUGCGAGCCCCACAACUCUAUGCCCACAAUCCCACGGACGGACGGAUAGAUAACCGCGAGUGACCGCAAUCAGCCGAGCCCCUUUUAGUCGGUGGUUAUCGCGGCGGAAAGCGAUGUCAGUCCUCCUCGCGAUUGUGACGGACUAGAAAUCGAGAGGAAGCAGGCGGCGGCAUCACUCGCGCCCGAAAGGCAAGCAGGAGCAGCGGCGACGCCUUUAUGACAGCACCCAACAAGCCGAUGGCGUCCGCUCCGCUAGGACUUUGGCUGGUGCAGCUGGCGUUUCGUAAGUGCUUCGCUUCGAUUAGGGCCGAAACGAGGCUCGCGUGGUACCGCGGCUUCGUGCUGGUCUCCACUUUCUUGGCGUACACAUGCUACCACAUGACGCGGCGGCCUCUGAGCGUGGUCAAGUCCGUGCUACACCAAGACUGUCGGUACGCAACGCCCGACGCCUCGAUCGUCGUCACCGAGAACAACAGCCGAACGUGGUGCAACUGGGCCCCUUUCGACGGUGACAACGCGCCGCAUCUCUUCUCCUACCUCGACUCCAUCUACCUCUUCACGUACGCCGCAUGCAUGUUUGCAAGUGGUUUCAUCGCGGAGCGGAUGCACCUGCGCUACUUCCUCGGACUGGGCAUGCUUCUCAGCGCGCUCACCACGCACGUCUUCGGCAUGGGCCACAGCCUGGGCAUCCACUCGUUCGCCUUCUACUUCGUCGUGCAACUGCUGGGCGGCGCGUUCCAGAGCACGGGCUGGCCCAGCGUCGUCACCUGCGUCGGCAACUGGUUCGGCAAGAAAAAGCGCGGCCUCAUCUUCGGCGUGUGGAACGCGCACACCUCCGUGGGGAACAUACUGGGCGCCUACAUCGCCGGGAUGUUCGUCACCUCCGACUGGGGCCUUUCGUUCAUCGUCCCCGCCGCCAUUUGCGGCCUCGUUGGCGUCUUCGUCGUGCUCUUCCUGACGCCGUACCCCGAGGAGGUUGGAUGUGACUCACCGCGGCGCAAUUCGGCGUCGUUGCAGACGUCGCUCUCUUCCGCGGUCGUCCGGCCGUCGUCUUCUGCGUCCAGCGAAGGCGAGGAGGACGACGCGAGCGGCACCCUGGGCGAGGACGAGCAGCGAUGUCUGCUGGAGAGGCGGCUCAGAAGUGAAAGCGAGAAAAAAGCCGUCACCUUCCUCCAGGCCCUGGCCAUCCCGGGAGUGCUCGACUUCUCCCUGGCACUCUUCUUCGCAAAGCUCGUCAGCUACACCUUCCUCUUCUGGCUCCCGUUUUACAUUCACGCGUCCACGUCGUUCGACUCCGCGGACUCGGCCUUCAUAUCGACCGUCUUCGACUUCGGAGGCAUCGUAGGUGGCAUCCUGGCGGGCUACGUUUCCGAUCGUUCUGGUGCGAGCGCCACUACCUGCGUGGUCUUCCUGAUAGCCGCGAUCCCCAUGAUGUUCGUCUACGAACACUUUGGCAGCGUCAGCCUGGUCAUGAAUCUCGUCCUCCAGAGCAUAGCGGGUCUGUUGAUCAACGGCCCGUACGCGCUCAUCACAACUGCAGUCUCCGCGGAGCUCGGCACGCAUCCGACGGUGUCCGGCAGCUCCAAGGCACUGGCGACGGUGACUGCGAUCAUCGACGGUACAGGUUCCGUAGGUGCUGCAGUGGGUCCUCUGCUAGCGGGACUAAUUCUGCAGUACGGCUGGAACACUGUCUUCUACAUGGUUAUGGCGUCGGAUCUUCUCGCUGUGUUGUGCCUUCUUAGGGUUACCAAACAUGAGUUCCUAAGACUGAAAUCUCGGAAAACGGCUGGAGCGCCUGUCAACUAGGGACAUUCCUGGCCAGCCUGUUUGUUCAUAGUCAGCAAAGACUGAUCAUAUAAUGUGGCUGCUGUUGUUUGGAGCCAGAAUGACUGUUUUAAGCACAGGAGUUUUAGAAAUUCCGUGCACGUGAAAAUCGUUGCCUUUUUGUGACAAAUUUAUGCACUGUCAAGUAGCCUGUGUUUUAUCACAAGUGAGACAGGCCUUGAUUGGCUUCCAGAGGAGCAUGCAGGUGUAUGUUGCACAUCACCCGAGGAAUGUACAUAUAUAUAUAUAUAUAUAUAUAUAUAUAUAUAUAUAUAUAUAUAUAUAUAUAUAUAUAUACAUAGUAUACUUAUACAUACACUUAUACAUCAGCAUUUGGGGUAUGUGCAACUGACUAUACAUUCCUUUUGUUAGCCAUAUGAUCAUUUUUCAUCUUCAACUGCACACUCCAAACAGCUCUGAGGUUGUGCAGGCACAUUCUUUCAUUUAGCUUUUAAAUUAACCUGUACUGUGGAUAUGUGAGUGGUUAGAUCAAUGUGUGCAUCAAAGAAAUUAGCCAUGUAAGAACCAAUUGUCAAUAUUGACAGAAUGAAACAUUUAGACAGCCAUCCUCAAGAGGCUACACUGCAGGUUGGAACAAAUUUCACUCCACAGUGCUAAAGACAUUUUUGCAAGCAUGAGUAUUUGUAAAAAAAAAAGUUUUAGUAUUUUUAUCCAUGACUGUGUACUGGGAUGACCAGAAAAUGUUCCUUUUUAAAUGCAAGCAUGACUAUUUGUAAAAAGUUUUAGUAUAUUUAUCCAUGGCUGUGUACUGGUAUGACCAGAAAAGUUUUGAUACAUGCUUAUCUGAAGGGAGGCCACUUUCUGACCCACCCUCAGGAGAUUAGACAGGGCACAUUGGCAUAUUUCAGAAAAUUCACAAUAAUCCUUAGGACAGGCAUUAGCAAUUGUACUCGUAUAUGAUUUGUAAGCAAAAAUGUAAGAGGUGGACAACCUUUUCUGGUGACCAUAGUACACAUGCUACCAGCAGUAUUGCUGGCAGUAAUGUUCCUUGUAAUAUAAAAACCUGUCUUCCGGUGACUGCCGUAACUGCACCGGCAUUUCACUGCCAGUAGGCAGAUCGUGUACUUAUGUGAUGUUGUGACACUCAAAUACAGCGUGGAGAGAAAAGAUCUGAAAGCCACUAUUGUUAGUGUUGUGAGCACUGUACACAAGGUGAUUGUCGCAGUUAUUAAAUUACAAUUUCGUA